UAGUUUCUCUUCUCUUCCUACUUUUCUUUGCGUACUAAUAAUUUCAUUCCAUGCCCCCUUCCAAAUCUAUUUAUUUCUUCAUAUUCACUCUAUAUAUAACCCUCCAUCAAUAUCAAUAUCAAUAUCAAUAUCAAUAUCAAUAUCAAACAACAACGCAUUCUCUCCUUCUUCCAAUUCCCAAAUCUUCUGCCCUACUUUUUCUCCCCUUCUUCGAUCCAUGGACUCCGAAGAUGAUAUGCUCGACGCCAACGACCUCGACUCCCUCGACGACGAUUUCUACAGCGGCGAUACCGACGCUGCUCCCAUCGACUACUACACCGACUACGAUGACGACGCCGAUGAUUACUUCGACGACGCCCACAGAAUUGACUCUCGUCGCCCCGAGCAAAAUUUCACCAUCUUGAAGGAAUCCGAUAUACGACUAAGACAGGAAGAUGACAUCACUAGAGUAGCAACUGUUCUUUCUAUAUCAAGAGUUCUUGCAAGCAUACUACUCCGUCACUACAAUUGGAGUGUCAGUAGAGUGCAUGAUGCAUGGUUUGCUGAUGAAGAACGAGUCCGAAAAGCAGUUGGUUUGUUGGAGAAUCCAGUUGUCCAGCAUACUGACACUACAGAGCUUACUUGCGGUAUCUGUUUUGAAAAUUAUCCUCUUGCUAGGAUUAAAAUGGCUCCCUGUGGUCAUCCCUACUGUAUGUCUUGCUGGGAAGGCUAUAUUAGCACAUCCAUUAAUGAUGGUCCUGGAUGUUUGAUGCUGAGAUGUCCUGAUCCCACUUGUGGUGCCGCUGUUGGUCAAGAUAUGAUUAAUCUUAUAGCAUCCGAAGAAGAUAAGCAGAAGUAUGCACGUUACCUUCUUAGAUCUUAUAUUGAAGACAAUAAGAAGUCCAAGUGGUGUCCUGCUCCAGGUUGUGAAUAUGCAGUUACUUUUGAUGCUGGUAGUUGUGGAAACUAUGAUGUCUCUUGCCUAUGUUCACAUAGCUUUUGUUGGAAUUGCACUGAGGAGGCUCAUCGUCCAGUUGACUGUAGCACUGUGGCAACAUGGAUUUUGAAGAACAGUGCAGAGUCUGAAAACAUGAAUUGGAUACUUGCCAACUCAAAGCCAUGUCCCAAGUGCAAGCGACCAAUUGAAAAAAAUCAAGGGUGUAUGCACAUAACAUGCACACCGCCCUGUAAAUUUGAAUUUUGCUGGCUAUGCCUUGGUGCAUGGUCAGACCAUGGUGAAAGAACUGGUGGUUUUUAUGCGUGCAAUCGUUAUGAAGCAGCUAAACAAGAAGGAGUGUAUGAUGAUACUGAAAGAAGAAGGGAAAUGGCAAAGAAUUCGCUGGAGAGAUACACACAUUAUUAUGAGCGGUGGGCCAGCAAUCAAUCUUCAAGGCAAAAAGCUCUUGCAGAUCUACAGCAGAUGCAAACUGUUCAUAUUGAGAAGCUCAGUGACAUACAGUGUCAGCCUGAAUCACAGCUUAAGUUCAUAACUGAGGCCUGGCUACAAAUAAUUGAGUGUAGACGAGUGCUGAAAUGGACAUAUGCAUAUGGGUUCUAUUUACCGGACAAUGAGCAUGCUAAAAAACAGUUCUUUGAGUACUUGCAAGGUGAAGCAGAAUCUGGUCUGGAGAGACUUCAUCAAUGCGCUGAAAAGGAACUACAGCCAUUCCUAUGUGGAGAUGAUCCAUCCAGAGAAUUCAAUGACUUCCGUACAAAGCUAGCUGGAUUGACUAGUGUGACUAGAAACUACUUUGAGAAUUUAGUAAGGGCAUUAGAGAAUGGUCUAGCUGAUGUGGAUAGUAAUGGAGGUGGCUUAAGCAGAGCAACGAGUUCAAAAAAUGGCGCUGGGAGCAGCAAGGGAAGAGGCGGAAGAGGAAAGGGAAGUUUUCGAAGCAGCAUGUCGAGCAGAAUGAAUGAUGAUGGUCACUGGUGUUGCGAGCAUUGUACCUAUGCAAAUGUUAAAUCUGCCUCCACAUGCCAGAUGUGCUAUCAACAGCGUCGAUGAAAAGCUCACAUGGAAUCAUUACUCUCUCUGUAUCUCUAGAUAUAUGCUGUCUCAAUUUUCUGAGGCUCUUUAAAUACAACCCAAUUUGUUGUAUAUAGUGUUCUAUCAUAUUUACGUUUCAGGUUUUCCACUCUUUCAGUUGCUCUCCUUAGCUUCCAAAAACCUAGGUUUAGUCGUGUAUAAUAAGCUCACGGUUUGAAUGAUUCCAUUCCGAUAAAUUAUAAGGGAUUGCAAUAAAUAUGAUACUACAUCACUUGAAAAUUA